AUGCUGUCGGCGCUGCUGGCGCCGCCGCCGCCGCCGCCACGUCAGCGGCGCGGGCCCGGGCCGCGCGCCCAGGCCCACAGCCUCUGCCUGCCCUGCCCUGCGGCGGGCGACGCCGCGGAUAAAGAGGAAGCGGCCGCAGCGGACAGCGGCGCCGCGCGGCGCCGCGGGCACGGGCUGUCAUACGAGGUCGCCCCGGCCGGCCCCGGCGUCGCGGCCGGCAGCCACGAGGCCGCGCGGCCGCUGCAGCGGUCUAUCACGCGCCACCUCGCUGCGGGCGGCGGCGGCGCUGCUGCUGCGGCCGCCGCGGCCCCGGGCGCGCCGCCGGCGUCCCAGGAGGCGCAAAACGGCGGCGGCGCCGGAUUGAGCGGCGGGUCGAGCGGCGGGGCGGGGGCGGGGGCGGCGGCUCCGUGGCGGCAGCUUCCCAGCAGCUGCGCGCUGUCCGGCGUGGUGGUGUACACCCCUAGCCGCGUGCACGGGCUGCUGGAUGUGACGCCGAUCCCCUCGGCCCCGCGGCCGCAGCAGCCGCCGGCCGCGGCCGGGCCGUCCGCCCCGCCGCGGCCGGCGCCAAGGACGCUGACGCCGCCGCCGGCGCUGUCGCGCCUCAUGUCGCCGGCAGCCUCCACGCAGUGGCUGGCCCUGGAGGCGGGCUGGGAGUUGGAGCCCUCGUGGCGCGGCGUGGCGCCGCUGGCGGCGGGCGGCGAGGCGGGGGACGCCGACUUGGAGCGGCAGCAUGCCGAGGCGCAGGAGGAGGAGGAGGAGGAGCAGGCGCGGCUGGCGGCUGCAGCGCCCUUGCUUUCGCAGCAGCAGCCGCGGGGCCAGCCGCGGACGCUGCUGCGCCAGGCCUACACGCCGCGGCGGCGCGGCUCCGUCCGGUUCGGGCCCGAGGGCGCGUCGUUGCCGGGCGCGGGCCCCGCGGAAGCGCCAGCGGCAGCGGCGGCGCAGGCGGCGGCGCCAGCGGCGGCGGCAGCCCAGGGUGCGGCGCGUCUGGGCGGCAUCAGCCCCGCGCCUCGGCGGCCCGCGGACGCCCGAUCGGACGCUGUGCUGCAGGGGCCUGGGGCGGCGGCGCUGCCGGUGCCUCAUGCUGACUUUGGCGGGGCUCAUUCAACGCCCCAGCAGCAGCACCAGCAGCAGCAGCAGCAGCAGCAGCAGCAGCAGCAGCUAGCGUCCCCGCUGCAGCAGGCUCAACGGGCAGUAAGCACCCCGGGCGCCGGCACGGGCGCCACUCCCGGCUCCGCCCCUAGUACCAAGCGUAAGAAGCAGCCGCGCACCCCAAAGCCGCGCGCAGCAGAGGGGUUCAUGUAA